AUGGCAGCGUCUCUCAAGAAGCAGCCUAAUUUUUCUAAAAUAUGUGAAAACUUGUAUAUCGGAGACCAGAUGGCCAUGGAACAAAUUCCCAUUCUGGACUUCACGCACAUCCUCUGCGUUGACAAGGACAUGCCUCAUUUCAAUUGGAUGGAUACUGUGAAGGUUCACGUCAGCCGAACGUUUUUCGUACCGUCGCUUAAAAAACUUACCAAAGGCUCUCAUGAGGACAAUCUGAGAACGAAAAGCGAAUCUCACAUCUACAGUCAACAGAACAUAAACAAAAACCAAAAUGAGGAGGAAGAAACCGAUGAGCACAGUCAAAUGAGGAAAAAUUUACAAAUUGACAAACGAAGAAGAAUGUCCAAAAUGCCCAAAUACCCAAUUGCUGCUCACCUCAAAAAAACGCACAGCGAGAAGUCGCAGAACAAAGUUGUCAAACGUGCCGACAGCAGUCAGAACGAUUUUUUCAACGAACACUCAAUAUUCAGCGAAGAAGCAAAAGAUAAAACCGCUACGUCUAGGAAGGGAAAAGCUAGUAAGAAAGCAAGUAAGCGAGGAAGUGGUACAAGAUCUUCUUUGAAAAUGAAACUAACAACUCUUCCAAAAAAAUCUGAUAAUUCUUUGAGUGAGUCCAUAAACGACGUUGAAAGUUCUAAUUCUUUGAGCAGGCCACAAUCAUUUUUAAAAAAACUAAACUUUUCUGCUGAGAAUGACAACUUGGCCUCAAAGUUUUCAGCUUCAAGUAGAAGAGAAAAUAAAGGAAUUUAUUACCAAACGCUUUUGUUUCAAGGUGGUCCAGAAGGCCCUUUAGAAGAAGAUAUUUUGAAAGACGCUGUGCGUUGGUUGAAAUUGUAUUGCACUCCCGAUAAUAAAGUUUUAGUGGCAAGUUGUCAUGGUUUUCGAAAAGCAGGUGCUGUUGUUUUGGCAUUCUUGUUUGCCCACAACCUUUCAAAAUCUUUUGACGAAUGCUUCCACAUGUUGAACUGCAGGAGGCCAGUUAUGAUGUCUGUUAAUUUAAAGACAAAAUUGGAAAAAAUGUACCCCAGAAAAAUAAAUUGA